AUGGCGUUGCUGGUGGUCUUGCUGCUGCUGUUGGUGAGGCUGCCUGUCUCAGCCUGCGGGAUGCUGAAGCCCAAAUGCCCCUUGAAUCUGAUCAGGGAUGAAAACAAGCCCUGGAAUUAUUACAGGCCGGGAGACCAUCUCAUUGGGGGGCUCAUCUCUGAAACUCCUGUGCACUUUCUACUGACCAACUUUUCAAAGCCUCCCUCCAUCAGACUUCAUAGGAAAGGUGUGACAACGAACUGGCAUGUCCUGUCUUUCCUCUUUGCCAUUCAGGAGAUCAAUGGGCACUCCCAGGGCUUGCCCAACCUCACGCUGGGCUACAACGUCUACGAGGACUAUUAUGAUGCCAGGAUGGCCUCGGAGGCCCUGGUGGACCUGGCAUCAACGGGGCCAUCCAACGUGCCAAACUACCACUGCGGGAGGCAGAACAACUUGCUGGCAGUUCUCGAAGGAGCCGAGUCAGAAAUCUCCGGCCAGAUUGCCAGUAUGCUCAGCAUCUACAAAAUCCCACAGAGUAUGAAGAUGGUAAGUGAAGAUGCUGCAUUCGAUAUCCUCGUCUUCACAAGCAUCAAACACGGACAUGACACCUGCCAGCCUGCAAUUCUGCAAGCCUACCUAGAGCUUCCAUUCCGUCUACAGGUCAGCUACAGUUUUGUCGCCCGCCUUCCGAAUGAUCAGACUGAAUUCCCCUUUUUGUACCAGAAGGUGCCAAAAGCAGAUUGCCAGUCCCGGGGCAUCGUCCAGCUGCUUCUGCACUUCCAGUGGACGUGGGUCGGUCUCCUUGCUCCACAGACUGACAGUGGACAACACUUCCUGCAGACGUUUCCAUCCCUGCUCAACAGGAACCACAUCUGUGUCGGCUUCUCACAAAGCAUCCCAGUCCUGGCUACAAAAAUGAUGUUUUUCCCCUACAGAGAGUUUUGUUUGCAAUCAAAAGUUAAUGUGUAUGUUUAUUAUGGAGAGAUCCGCUUCUUUUACAGCACAAUAUUAAUUGUCCAAAAACUUACUGAACUGUUUGCCAUGAAUCUCGUUGUAGGAAAAGUCUGGAUCACAACAGCUUUGUGGGACCUCAGUUUGACCUUGUCAUACAGAGUUUUGUCUCCACGGUUUGUCCAUGGCUUUUUUUCCUUUUUAUUCCAUUCUAACAAAAGGAGAAACAUGGAGGAGUCUUAUGCAGCUAACACUGGCAUCACACAAUUUUUUAGAGAAGGGUUUAACUGUUCUCAUUCAAAACCUGUGACAUCUGUGAAAGACCAGAGAAGAUGCAUAGAGAAGGCAGGACUGGUAGAGACUCUGCCCCGGGAUGCAAUUCAAGGGGCCCUUUCUCUUGAUAACUACAACAUUUACAACAGUGUCCGUGCCGUGGCCCACGCCCUGAAGUCUGCCUACUCCUCCAGAUCCUUGAGGUCGGCCCUGAAGACUGGAGGCAGGUCUGCGCUUCAGAGGGUGCAGCCGUGGCAGCUUCACUCUUUCAUGAGGAACUUCCAGUUUUACAAUACUUCCAUGGAUGGAGUUAAUUGGGAUGAAAAUGAGGAUCCAGCAGCUAACCUGGACCUUAUGAACUGGGUGUUGCUUUCCAACACGUCCUUUGGGGGAGUGAAAUGUGGGAGCGCAGAGAGACUGGCGUCCUCAGACAUCAAGUUCACCAUUGACAUCGAUGCCAUUGUGUGGCCCAAGAGCAUGCCUCGCUCCCGGUGUACCGACAGUUGUCCCCCUGGCUAUGCCAAAGUGGCCAAAAGAGGAGAGCCUGUUUGCUGCUAUCGGUGUGUUCGAUGUACAGAGGGGACCAUCUCCACUCAAGAAGAUGCAGAAUAUUGCAACAAAUGUCCAGAAAAUGAGUAUCCCAAUAAGGAACAAGAUUUCUGUGUCCCCAAAACUGUCAUCUUCCUCUCCCAUGAAGAACCGCUGGGGGUCAGCCUAACUUUCUUUGCCCUGUUUCUGUGCCUAAGCACAGCCUUGGUGUUAGGAGUCUUUAUAAGACACCUAGAAACUCCACUGGUCAAAGCCAACAACCGGGACCUCUCCUACGUCCUCCUGGUCUCACUCCUGCUGUCCUUUUGCUCUUCCUUCCUGUUCAUUGGACAGCCGAGAAAGGUCACCUGCCUUCUCCGGCAAACCGCCUUCAGCACCAUUUUCUCGGUCGCUGUCUCCUCUCUCCUGGCCAAAACCAUCACCGUGGUGGUGGCCUUCAUGGCCACGAAGCCCGGGAGCGGGAUGAGGAAAUGGCUAGGGAAGAGUCUGGCAAACUCCAUCGUCCUUUCCUGUUCCGCCCUUCAAGCAGGCAUCUGCACUGUCUGGCUGGGGCUCUCUCCCCCCUUCCCAGACGCUGACCUGCACUCUUUGCCUGGACACAUCACCCUGCAAUGCAACGAAGGGUCUGCCGCCAUGUUUUAUGGGGUCCUGGGCUACAUGGGCUUCCUGGCGGCUGUCUGUUUCACGGUGGCCUUCCUGGCCAGGAAGCUGCCGGGGGCCUUCAACGAAGCCAAGCUGAUCACCUUCAGCAUGCUGGUCUUUUGCAGCGUGUGGGUGUGCUUUGUGCCCACCUACCUGAGCACCAAGGGGAAAUACACGGUUGCCGUGCAGAUCUUCUCCAUCUUGGCCUCAGGCGCUGGCUUGCUGGGCUGCACCUUCCUCCCCAAGUGCUACAUUCUCUUACUGAGGCCUGACCUGAAUACAAGGGAGCAUCUCAUGAUGAAAGCGAAAGAGGCCACCUGA